AUGAGGGAGGAGGAGAUCAAGUUGCGCGGGCAACAAAUAUCUGACCGUCUCUCUCUUCCUUCUUUGUCUCGGCGGUUCGAGAUAUAUUGUUGUCAGGAAGCCAACGUUGUUGGUCGUGUUGGUCGUGUUGUUCUUCGUGUUGGUUUAUGGGUGUUUCUGUCGUCUCAGCGCGAUGUGGCUCUGACUGCGACGAGUCGAGGGUACAAGUCGAGGAUACAAGUGGGGGGUGGGAAGCUGCACGAGAAUAUCAAAUUCGAUAUGAGGAUAUCUGGGCGACAAGGACGACAGCUAAGCCGGCAAGCGCAAAAGAUGGAAGGAAGGGAAAAAGAAAGAAAAAGAAGUCAAAACUUCCAGCUAGAUCCAGAACCUAAAUGGACUACCUGCAAAAAGGGGGCUGCAUGA